AUGUCGUACACGCUAGAACUCAGGAACGUCGGCAUUGGCUGCAGCCACUCAGUGCCUGCCAGAUCCAUCGCCCGAUGGGGCUACUUAUCAAUGACCCGCCCAGAAUCCGGCUACCACGGCAUCGGAAUAGGUGCCGUGGGGAACCAGACAAGGGACUUUUUUUCCUGCUUCCUGAUGCGGGAUGGUUUCACUCCACCUAGAAGCUGGAACGAACUUCCGUAUUAUUUUGUUUAUGGCCACUUGGGCCAGCAAUUUGAGUUAUUCGAGACUAAGGGCCAAAUGGCGGAGAUGGCCGCCAAGGUCUAG